AUGUUGGGGCUUCGGUCAUGGCCUUGCUCAUUUUUCCUCUUCUUGGUUCUGCUCUCUGCCAGCGUUCAGACUGUGUCCUUACCAGGACAGAGGCUACAGAUGCUCCUUUCAAGACUGCUGCCCUUGAAGCCCGAGUCCACGCUGACUGAAGAGGACACAAAGGAGGGGUCCAGCUUUGGCCCUCAGCUGAUCUCCUCCACUCUCCCCUUCAUCCCAUCUGGAGCUAGAGCUGUCCGUCCAUCCCUCUGGCGCAAGAACCUCGCCAGUCGCAAGUGGGCACUGCCUGGAGAUUGGGCCUGGAAGGCCAUGCCCAGGGGUUGCUUCGGGCUGAAACUGGACCGAAUCGGGACCUUCAGUGGUUUGGGGUGUUAG